CCUCUUUAAAAAGUCUACGAACAAUUGCAUCUGAUCAGCUCUAUAUUCCCAAUCCUCUCUACUCUCCACCCAAACCAUGGCUAGCGACCUCCAAUCGUACGCCAUCCUCUUCCUCAUCUGGCUCAUCUCCACUGUCCUUGUCUGGACCAUCUUCUCCAAUUUCCGAACCACGGCCCGCCACUUUCCGCCGGGCCCAAUAGCUCUCCCGAUCAUCGGACACCUCCACCUCAUCGCUCCCAUCCCUCAACAAGCCUUCCACAAGCUCUCCAAGCGCUACGGCCCGUUGAUCUACCUCCGCCUCGGCUCCGUCCCCGCUGUCGUCGCAUCCAACGCUGACACCGCGAGAGAAAUCCUCAAAACCCACGAGGCCGCUUUCGCAUCCCGACCUCAAUCCUCAGCCGUCCGCUACCUCACCUACGGCUCCUCUGACUUCUCCUUCGCUCCAUACGGCCCCUACUGGAAGUUCAUGAAGAAGAUCUGCAUGUCCGAGCUUCUAGGCGGGCGCACGCUCGAUCAGCUCCAGCCCAUCCGCCACGAAGAGAUCCGGCGAUUCUUGCGACUGAUACAUAAGAAAUCCAACGGCGGAGAAGCAGUCAACGUUGGCCAAGAUCUCAUAACGAUAACGAACAACAUAAUAUCGAGGAUGACGAUAAGCCGGAUAUGUUCGGACACGGAAGGGGAGGCAGAGGAAGUGGGGAAGCUGGUACAUGAUGUGACGGUGCUGGUUGGCACGUUCAACGUAUCGGAUUACAUCGGGUUUUGUCGGAAUUUGGAUUUGCAGGGACUGAAGAAGAGGUACAAGGACGUGCACAGGAGAUUCGAUGCGAUGAUGGAGAGGAUCAUCAAAGAGCGUGAAGAAGGGAGGAAGAUGAAGAUGGAGAGAGGCGAUGGUGUGAAGGAUAUUCUCGAUAUUUUACUCGACAUAUCGGAAGAUGAGAGCGCCGAGAUGAAACUGACGAGGGACAACAUCAAAGCUUUCAUCACUGAUAUCAUUGUGGGGGGAGCUGAUACGACUGCAAUCACAAUGGAAUGGGCCUUGGCGGAGCUCAUCAAUCAUCCUGACAUAUUCAAAAAAGCAAGGGUAGAGAUCGAUUCAGUUGUCGGGAAAAAUAAAUUGGUCGAAGAAUCCGACGUCCAAAACCUUCCUUACCUCCAGGCAAUUGUCAAAGAAACAGUCAGAUUGCACCCGGCGAUCCCAGUGAUUCUUAGAGAAUCCACUAGAGAUUGCAAAAUCGGAGGCUAUGAUGUACUAGCUAACACCCAAGUGUUCAUCAAUGCGUGGGCCAUUGGAAGGGACCCCAACUAUUGGGUUAACCCACUUGAAUUCCGUCCCGAGAGAUUCAUGCCGUCCAAUGAAAGCAACCCGAAUCACCACGUGGACGUUAGGGGGCAGCAUUUCCAUUUCUUGCCGUUUGGGAGCGGACAGAGAGGCUGCCCAGGCACUUCUCUAGCACUUGAGGUUGUACAAACGAUGCUCGCUUCCAUGAUCCAAUGCUUUGACUGGACAGUUGUGAUUGACGGAGAGACUAAAACUGUUAAUAUGACGGAGGGCCCAGGAUUGUCACUUACUAGGGCACAUCCCUUGAUGUGUGUCCCCAUAGCACGUGCAAAUCUCGUUCCUUUCAACUGAUUUCUGAAACACUCGAAUUUGUAAUGCCCACAUGCGUGUGGAACUACCACACAUGCCAGCAAGGGACACAUGUAUGAGAUUCACGCUUUCCAUCAGGUUGGCCACAUUGUCUUACAUAUUCCUGUUUAAAAAUAAGAAGAUCCACACAUCGUAGCAAUGAUUGUGGCGAGCAUGCCAUUUUGGCACGUGCUUGUGGGCUUAGCAAUUAGUAUCCUUGUACCUAAUGUUGGCGCGUGCAUGUUGCACGUGUCUUCCAUCCGCACAAUACUUUUAAUCAGCUUUUUUAAAUAUUGUUCUUAUAAUUGGAAUCUGCGAUGGGAAGGAUUAUUGCAAGCGUGAAAUAAAUGUUU